AUGCUUUUAGAACUUAAUCUACGCAGGCUGGUUCUCAACUCUGUGCUUCUCUGAAAACUUGGCCAAACUACAGCCAAAUGCAGAGCAAGUUGGAGACCUGCCAAAGCAGCCGGAGGGCGGAAUGAAGACACAGAGAGGCACCAGGAAAGGAGAAUACAUCAGGAGGCAGAGAUGGGAGGCAGAAACGCCACCUACUGGCAGAAACUGUGCACCUGCACAGAUGGGAGAGUGGAAAAGUUGGUCACUGAUGGAAAUAACUGCUGGUUUUGCAAACAGGGAGACAGAAAAUUCUACUUAAUCUCACCAUUAGAAUGCUCAGCAGUAAGAAUUGGAUUACUGCGCUCCAGGGAGUGCAGACUCAUUGCACUGGACUUCCGGGUCUUACCUUAUUAG